CAGGAGACGAGGCGAACAGGAGAGAAAAUGGCCGACAGAUUCUCUAGAUUCAACGAAGAACGUGAUUUCCAGGGUGGAAAUCACUUUGAUCAGUAUGAGGAAGGUCAGUUGGAGUUGGAACAGGCGUCUUUGGACAAGCCCAUAGAAUCGCCCAGGGUUUAAAAGCCAGGAUAACAUUGGGCACCGGCUCCUACAGAAACAUGGCUGGAAGUUGGGUCAAGGCCUGGGCAAAACCAUGCAGGGUAAGGUUUGUAGGACCUCCCCCACUGUAUGUUUGUGUGUAUGUUUGAAUAAGUGUGCGUGUGGAUGUUUUUCUUGAAAUAAUAAUAACUCUCCCCCUUUUACAGUGUAGCCUAACGGCUUCUCUUAGUUCUGCUCUCUACGCUUACAAUCACUAAACACUGCUUAAAAUACCAGCGCUACGAUUUGAAUCGCAUACCAAAAUGGAAUCAGUAAAGUAUUUUAUAGAAAUGAAUACUCAAUUUUUUCCCCUCUUGAUUGUGUUCAGAAUUCACCCAUGUUAGAAUAGUUCUUGUAAAUAUUAGUUUAAUGUAUGUUUGGCUGCGAUGGGGGUGUUUUGAUUGGCUGAGAACAUGAGAUGGGGAUAUGAUUCUGCCUCUUUCCCAUGAUUCCCCUGAAUGGCUUGCCAGAAUGAGCCUCAAUCUCCUGCCCAUCCUCUUUCUCCUUCCGCCUUCAAUCGGUCUAUCUGCCUGCGUCCACUUUUGUGAAGUGAAUGUACACCUGUGGUACAUGUGGGAGUGGAAAUUGUAUGUGCUGAGUGUGUGUGUGUGUGUGUGUGAGUGUAUGUGUAUCACCUAAACAAGGGGUGGGGGCUCAGGUGUUUUAGCUUGCAGGGAGUCUUCACAUCAUCCCACCUGCAUCCCACUUCUCCUCUUAUAAAUGUAUUUACUUGUGAAAGCCUCACCUGACCUGACCCAUCUCCUUCCCCCUCUCCUGCAGAGCAUGCUCGCUGUAGAGACCCAGUCUUGUGAAACUGAGUUUUAAGCAAUGCAGCAUACCACAAAACAGAUUGGAAUCGAUUGUAGAUAAAUGGCGAGAUGAAAACGCCUGUGAAACCGAUCUAGUCCUCUAAAGAACGAUGCGCUGCUAAAAGCUCACUCACAGCGUAUGCUUCUCAUAGCUCUUACAGCUGCGUGAUGAAGUAUGCAUACGACGGCCUCUCUGUCUCAACACUCAUGCAGAGCCAUGGACCCGCAGGGGGGAUUGGAGGAAGGCGGGAGUGGGGAGGAGGGUACUCAUUUUUUGAACUUAAGUGAUGGUUGAUACAUUUCUGUUGAAGGACAAUCAACAAAGAGAGGGAAAAUGAGAGAGCGGACAGCUUUAGAACCGGUUUUCAGGCUUUCCUCUGAAAACCUUUGUUUUAGAGGGAAGUCUGAAAUUAGUAACUGUGUCCUCCUUACUUUAUUGUGCAGGAAGCCAGAAGCCUGAAAUUAUAGUACCAGAAAUUAGCAGUAAAGAGGAGGAGAGAAUGAGUGUCAGGGAUGGUGAGAGGGUAUCCCUGUAAUCACCCAGGCCAAUUGGUAGGGGGUACACCAAAGCCCCUGCCCCCAAACCCGACCCCUAACCCUUUACCCCUUACCCUUGAACGCUCUCUUUGUGCCUCAAUCUUCCUGCUUAACCAAUUGGUGUUUCUUUUUUGCAGCAUUAUGAUCCUGGCCAUGUUGUGCUGAUGGUAAACUUAGUGGUAAAUGUUAUUUUUACCCCGAUUGAAUUGGUUAUUUUAUUUUGAUUUGAUUUAUGCUUUCAUUUUUUUGUUUUGUUUGAUUUUACUUCCCCCAUUUCUUGUUUUGAUAUGACUCUCAUCAUCAGAGCACCAGUGUUUAAUAGGCUUAAACUGUCUCUACCUCUCUUUGUAUUAGUCUUCAUUCUGCUGCCCGUCUCUUAGUGUUCAAUAUGCACUCUUUUAGAACACUCUCAUUCUGUUUUUUGGGGGGUAUUUAGAUUUACUUCCCUGUUUUUGUUGCAUUGCACCCUUUUCGUCCAUUCUCAUUAUGUUUUUUCACUGGAAUGCAUAAUGCUAGUGUUGACCUCACUUUGUUCCCAAUGAUUGUUGGGAAGGGAAAGGAUUGAGAUCGUUGAUUUUGGGGGCCUGAUUUUGGGAUUCCCACCUACAUUUUAUUAAAAAUUCUCAAACAACCAUCGGAAAUAAUCAAUAUUAAUCAUUACAAGAAGAUGCAAGACAUUUCCAUGUUUGCAAUUAUAUAUGGUAGAAUAUUACAAGACACUAUAACCAGAUACCUCGGUAUUGUUUAGUUAUACAAUUCAUACCAGGCUCAUUUGUUAUAUACAGUUUCUCAGUUUUAUAAAACUCUAUUGUGCACCCUGGUGGUAGGAUGAAUCCCUCAGUGCACUUUCCUGCAAGUUCUGGUGGGGGCUGGAAUCCCAUCAGGCCCUUAUCGUUUCCGCACACGCUCCUUUAUCAUUUCAUUACAGGAACAGUUAUACCACUGGGCUGAAACUCAAGUCUCUCUCUGCCACAAAUUAGACUGUUAAUUAAGUUUCGAAAUUGUAAUGCAGGUCUUUCUUCUCAAGGGCUCAGAAUUAAUGCUUUAUCUAUCAUGACUCAAAAAAAGCUUUCUCAGAAUGUAUUUGCAUUACUGAUGUCUUAAUUCCUUUUAAUUUAGAGAAAUGUAAAAGACGUAUUUAUAAAGGUUGAGUGUUAAGACAGAGAUAUUUUUCACUCGGUUUUCAAAGGAUUCUGGGGUUCUGUUUGAACUUGAAUCAGAAACUGAUUUUAAAAUUAUAGGCAAUACCAAUGGACCAAUAAUUAUUUUCAUAUUAUGGUAAAUUUUGAAAAUCGACACCAAAAAGUUGUCUUUGUCAGUGUAUUUAGGCCUCACACAAUUAUAAUGUUCAUGGGUAAUGUAAUUAUAUAUAAAGAAUUAUAUAUAAUUACAUUUUAUGAUAUUAUUCGAGAAGAACAUCCUUAAAUAUCCAUCUGAUUUGAAAAAAAAAAUCCCUAAUAUUAACCUUCUUCUUGGUUUGUGGAUGUGUAGAGCUCCUAGCCCUUUAGUGUGUUCAGUUACAUCCCAAUGUUAUUCAGAAGUUUUUCUUUUCUUUUGUCAUUAGAUCAGUCCAAGGGUAUAAACUGAUCCUGCUUUUAACUUUAAUGACCCCCAUCCCCCCACCCCCGAAACAACAAAAAUUGUCAAAAAAGAGGAAGACUUACAGAAAUAAAAAAACUGAAAUCCAAAUGAUUGAUUGGAGUCUGAUUGACUGUGACAAUGGUGCUAGCCUGUGCAGACACAAAUGAUUAUGACUUCUGUUCUUGUGCCUUUUCUCCUUUAUUUGAGACCCCCACCCUUUCCUGUCUCUGUGUCUGUAUGUUUGCCACCCCCACCCCAUUCCCACACUCUCCCAGGUAAGUACAUCCUUUCCCCAACCCUGCACUGUCACCAUGGCAACCUCUGGCCUUUGACGUCACUCUGCUGCUGUAGCUCAGUGCUUGUGUCCUUAUCCUCUCUGUCUUUGUCUCACUCCCUGUGUCUCUUUCUUUCUCUCUCUUUCUGCUUCGUUUGGCUGGUUAUGAGUGGAUUAAGCAAUUAUGUGUCAAUCUUCAAUGUAGUUUUGAUUGUCCUUUUUUUCUUUUGUUUCAUUCUGAUUUGUGUUCAUUUUUCUGAUGUUACUUUUCCUCUGAUCUAGGUCUUUUCACAGCUUGUGUAUAUAAAACAUGACACACUAUGACUAUCAGUAAAACAGAGUACUAUUUCAGGAUAUCAUAUGGGUCAUAAACCUUAAUUUGCAUCUAGGUGUGGCCUGCAGUCAGCUAGAAAAAUGAGUCGAUGAGCAGAGCUCAGAGAGGGUUCAAACCUAGAAAAACUAGAAAAAUGGGUGUGUACAAAAAAAAAGUAAUAUGGAAUGCAUACUGUGGAUCAGGCAGUCAGUGUCAUUGCAGUCCUGUGAAAAGAUACAGUGAAUUCUGAUACCUACUCCCUACGGCAACCCAAAUGCCUCCCUGUCAAAUCAGUUAAAGGGUUAGUUCACCCAAAAUCAAAAUUAUGUCAUUAUUCACCCAUGUAUACCGUGCACACAGUUUCAAUGGAGGGACUGAGAGCUCUCGGACUAGAUCUAAAAUAUCUUUGUUGAUGAACGGAGGUUGUAUGGGUUUGGAACUACUACUGAGGGGGAGUUAUUAAUGACAUAAUUUAGAUUUUUGGGAGAACUAACCCUUUAAGAACAUGAGUUGAACAGAACACAAUGCAUACUGCAUUGAGACAUGGCUCAAAAGAAAAGGGAGGGAGAUAACAGAAAUAUUGAGGAAGUAAGAAAGGAAGCAUAAAGACCUCCUUAAGCAGGCCACUGUAGAGACGCUGUAGCAAAUUCAUUUAAAAAACUUUGGCCCAACCUUCCCCUCCUUGUUUUCCAUUCCUCGCUUUUUCAGGGUAUUACAAAAUAAAUUUGCAGCAAACUCAAAUGGUAAACAAUUCAAAUUAGGCUUAGUUACAAUCACAUCGCAGCACCUGGAAUGGCCUUUCAGAGGAGAGCUGCACAUGAAGCUGUGAGAAUGGCUAGAGGUUGGUUCACUGUAGCUUUCUGGUCUCUUGCACUUGAAGGCAGUCUCUCUAACCCAGCACUCUGUGCUCUAAGCAGGCUGUCCCGCCCCGAGUUUUCUCUUGCAUCGAAACAAAAGUCUAAUCUCUGCCCUAUCUCUCUCUCUGCCUCUCUGCCUCUCCCCCUAACCUCAUAGGACGAACUGACCCUGUGCCUAUCAUCCUCAAAUAUGACGUCAUGGGAAUGGGACGCAUGGAAAUGGAGCUGGACUAUGCAGAAGAUGCCACAGAGAAGCGCCGGGUGUUGGAAGUGGAAAAAGAAGAGACAGAGGAACUGCGUCAAAAAUACAAGGACUAUGCAGAGAAGGAAAAGGCCAUCGCUAAAGCUUUAGAGGACCUGAGGGCCAAUUUCUACUGUGAACUGUGUGAUAAGCAAUACCAGAAACAUCAGGAGUUUGACAAUCACAUCAACUCCUACGAUCAUGCACACAAGCAGAGACUGAAGGAGCUGAAGCAGAGAGAGUUUGCUCGGAAUGUGUCUUCUCGCUCCAAGAAGGAUUGCAGGAAACAGGAGAAGAUGUUGCGGCGGCUUCAUGAAUUGGCCGAACAGAGGAAACAGCGAGACCUUGUCCCUGGUAGUGGUCCCAUGUUUAAAACUACCACAGUGGUAGUAGAUGGAGAGAAGGGGGAAGACUCCAUUGAUGGUGUGCCUAUGACAGUGGAUACCAACACAGAGGCUAUUGAAGAUAAGGGAAUCUGUGGUAUUAGUGGUCAAAGCUCCCCUACAACAAGCCUUGCCAUCAGUUUUGGUUUUAACAAAACUAGCUCUUCCCCAACACCUUCUGGAGGCUCACAGGCUCCCAAAGUGAGUGUCUCCUUCUCUUUUGCUAAGAAAGCCCCAGUCAAACUAGAGACGACUGCAGCUUUGUUUGUAGACCACGGUGAAGAGACAGUGGAAGGAGAAGAAGGUCAGGAAGAGGGAGGAGAAAAGACUGGAGGAGAGGACGUAAGCGUGACAUCCACCACUGAUAUCCCCCAAGCAGCUCCAGGAGAAGGAGGAGGAGGUGGUGGAAGUAGUGGGAGUGGUGGGAGUGGUGGAAGUGGCGGAAGUGGUGGUGAGGGUGAGGAAGAGCAGUCACAACAAGAUGAUGGAGCUGCCCUGGCCUCAACUUUGAACAAACUGAAGAUGAUGAUGAGAAAGGAGGAAGGUUACUCUGGACAGGAGCCACAAUAUUACCAUUAUGUACCACCUGCACAUUGUCGGGUCAAGCCGCAUUUUCAGUUUCUGCUUUUCAUGAAGGCUUCAGACCAGUGUGAUAGCAAGAAAGAGGAUGUGGAUGGAGUAAAAGAUGAGAAGGCACCACCAGGUAACGACGGAGAGCAAAAACAUAUCAGAGUCAGUAAAUGCACAUCUGAAAAAGAUGUGGAGAAGGAACCUGCACUGACACAAAACACAAAUCCUUCUCCCACAUCAGCUAAAUUGAUGACAGAGGAAGAAUCAGGUAGUACACCUGCAGGGCCAAGUGAUGCAGCAGUGGAAGAUAACUUGUCCCAGCAAGCUGAUCCAAAGCAAUCAAUGUCCGAGCUUACAUACACAGGUCCCCGCAUACCAACUGGGCCUUUCUUUCCUGUGCUAAGUAAGGAUGAAAGCACCACCUUACAGUGGCCUUCUGAAUUGCUGGAGUUUACCAAGGCUCAGCCAUCCCUCUCCUACAGUUGUAAUCCUCUUUACUUUGACUUCAAACUGUCAAGAAACAAAGGAAACUGGGCAGGCAAAAACAGCAAAACUGCCAAGCCAGUUAGCACUGAUGGACAAGAGGGGUCUAAGCAUGAAAACACAGUCAGUGCUCCUGUCACUAGUGGAGAGACUUGCACUGUUACAACAACUGCAGGACCCAGUACAGUUCAAAAGGAACAACCACCCUUGGAAUUGGAGGGUGCUGAGAGUGUGAACAAUGAGCAGAAAUUACAAAGUAAUGAAGAUGUGUCUGCAGGGUCUAAGAAAAAGAAAAAGAAGAAGAAACACAAGAAGUCAAGCAAGCAUUCCAAACAAAAAGAAAAGGCAGCACUGGAGGGGGAGUUAGAAAAAGAUAUUCCAGGAGAGAAAACUAAAAAGAAGAAGAAACACAAAAGAAAGAAAAGCAAAAAUAAACCACAUAGCACUGAUGACAUCGAAGCAGAGGGAGGCGACAUGAAGGAAAAAGAGAAAGACAAGGAUGACAAAGAUGGAGUAGCCAUCUCUCAGUCAUCAGGAAUAAGCACAUCCCAUGAAGGAGGAAAGAGAAAACGUUCCCACAAAAUGUCUCAGCAGUCUGGAGUUGAGGAAAGCAGUGCAGGAAAGCCUAGCUCUACAGAUGAACACAAUGGUGCUAAACGUCUGAAACCUGACACCAAUACACCUGCCGCUUCCUGCUCUUCAUCAGCCCAAAAGAGCAUAAGUGGAGGUCGACCUCCAAGUAGUGACAGCGAGGAGGAUGGUGGAUCAUCCUCUCAACGUUCUAGACCAGCUCGCCGUCGCUCCACACCACCACGUGAGCAGCGAAGACACGGCAGUGACGAUUCUGGACGAUCAGGACGUUCACGUAGUAGGUCGUCUCGUCGAGGAGACCAUAACCACAGACGUCACAGAGGUCAAAAAUCACGCAGUCAAUCUUACUCGAGUAGCUCUGAACGUUCCUCAGCUGGGAGCAGUGCUUACAGUCGCCAUAGCCAUAGCUACUCAGACAGCUAUAGUGACUACAGUGAUGAAGACCGUCGCCGCAGCUCAAGAAGACCUUCAUCAGACUCAGACUAUGAAAGGCGUGAUAGUGGGCGAUCCCACAGGCGACACUACACCUCAUCUUCUUCAGAGGAGGACUCUCGUUCACGAUCACGCUCACGCAGCCGCAGGAAGCAUGAUCGGCGGAGACACCAACGGAGCAGUAGUCGCAGCUCCAGUCGUAGUAGUAGGAGUAGCAGCGCUCGUUCUUACAGACGCAGCAACUAUAGUCGCAGCCGUAGCUCUGCUAGUCGUUCAUCUAGCUCCACCAAGGGCUCUCCACAUCGGCACGGUCACAGUCGCCGAUCUGACAGCUCGACACGGAGGCGGAAUUUCAGCCGUUCACGAAUCUACCGUUCCCAGUCUCCAAGGUCCUCUUCUCGCUCACAUACCCGAAACAGCAACUCUUCAUCGGCACAAGGAACAAGAGGUAGUGGGGGUGCUUCCUCAAAGGAUGGAGGAGGGGCUGCAGAACAUCGAAAUUCAUUCACAGCUCGUCAACUCUUGGAGAAAAUCCAAUCUAAAAAAGGAGGGGAUGAAUCUGGUAUUGGCACCAAGACAGGCCUCAAGUUCAAGGACCCUCCACGGGGAUACUUUGGGCCCAAACUCCCCCCUGCCCUUGGAAACAAAAGUAUGUUGCCCCUUUUUGGCAAACUCCAAGCAGGGAAGAAGCUACCAUUACUUCCUUUUACACGUUUAACUGAGGGUGAAAAAUCGAAGCAGGGGAACAAUUCGGAUAGUAACGAAGUUAUCCUUGUAGAACCCAUUCGUGAGUUUCCCCCACCACCUCCUCCACCUCAGCCACCAGUUCAACAACAACAAAAGCAGCAAUUGGAGGAAGAGGCUGUAUCAAAUGCUGCAGCAUCUGAAGAGACAAAACAUCCACCCUCAGACCCUCCUGCCCUUCAUGAGUCUCAGCCUCAAUAUGAGCAGGAUCCAGCGAUGAUGAUGUCACAAUACCAAGGUGAACCAACACAAGACCCCAAUAAUCCCAUGUUGGAUGGACAUUUAAUGGUUUCUGAAAUGGGUCCCCAGCCUACUAUGCACACCUACCCUGGUUACCUUCCCAACAUGGAGGAUGGGGAAAUGGGCAUGGAAGCUGAAGAGGAUGGUCUUGCACCUUUAGAAAGUCAACCAAUCACCUUUACCCCAGAGGAAAUGGAGAAAUACAGCAAGUUGCAGCAAGCAGCUCAACAGCACAUUCAACAGCAACUGAUAGCCAAGCAGGUGAAGACCUUCCCCUCAGCUGCACAUGCUGCAGCAGCAGCUAACUUGGCAGCGGUGGCUAACCUUGCCCCGGCACCACCGCCACCACCAGCUGCACUGCAGCCUAUCCACAUUCAGCAACCCACAGUUUCUGCAGCUUCUGCUAACUCUAUUACUACAGUGCAGCACGCCAUCCUGCAACACCACGCUGCUGCCAUGGGACUCCAUCCCCAUAACCCACAUCAUCCCCACCAUGCCCAGCUAGCCCAGGUGCAUCACAUACCUCAACAUCAUCUAACCCCUAUCUCAUUGUCGCAUUUAGGCCAUUCUUUGGGUCAUUCACUGGGUCACUCUUUAGGACACACUGGCUUGAUUCCUGCCCACCACACUGCCUUCCUUUCAGGCCAACCCAUACAUAUUAUACCAGCCUCUGCACUCCAUCACACUCCUCUUGCUUUACACCACUUCCCACAUGCUGCCCUUUACCCAAAUCUCUUUGUUCCUCGGCCAGGCACUGCUGCGGCAGCAGCUGCUCUACAGUUACACCCAUUUCUUCACCCUAUCUUCUCAGGGCAGGACCUUCAGCAUCCUCCAAACCAUGGAUCCUGAAAAUCCAUCUCCUCUCAAAGAAAGGGCCUGGCCCAGCAGUGCGAAGCGUGGGUUUCACCAUUUGGAGACCCACUGUCCCUUACAUGCUCUGCUCCCUUAAAGAUACUUCAACAGGGCCGUGUAGGAGUACACUUAAAUUGAGGAAAGAAUAAGAUGAUCUUGGCUACCUUUUGAGAUUGUAAUUAAAUUGUAUGGCCUGAACCAGAAGGUAGGUUGGAAGGUCGACAUAUGUAACAUCGUAUAUAUUUUCACACAAGGAGUAUGAGUUGCAAGAGUUGGUUUAUAGUCCAAGACAUGGAUCUUCAUGGAUCAACUAGGAAACCACUGGCAUAUUGUUUAAUUGUCUAUGGUAUGUCAUCUAUUUUUGUUAAUUUGUCUAAUGUGUUUAUAUAUCCAGAAGCCCACUGGCUGAAGCCAUAAUCAAGAACUUCAUGUAGGCUUUUUAGUUUGGUUUGCUACAGUUGUUAUGGGUGGUCAUUUUUGGAGACUUGGUUUUCUGUGUACUAAGCAUUCAUGAAAGUUGCAGAGUUUAUUAACUCACUGUAUGAAUAUGCAAAGAUACACUUCAGCCUGCUUUAUAAAACCAGUCUGUGAUAAACUGAUGACUGGUUUGUUGAAAUAUUAUAAUAUUUGAUCAUUUUCAGCUCAUUCCAGUUAUCAAAAACAGUUUGAUCAAAGGGUUUCACAAAACAUGAACAAGAUUUUUCAAAUAAAAGCCAUACUCAGCACUCAACUGUGUUAAGCUAUUUUUGCUGAUUGGUUGUAAAUCACUAUAAAUUAUCUGAAAAUGGUGAAUAGAACAGACAUGUUGAUGUCAAAUGAUUUGUAAUGUCACAGGCUGGUGAAACUAUGUAACAGGUUACACUAUGGGAUUUGAAGGUUCCCAUCCCUUGUUGAAAUUGUGAAAUCUUGCACUGAAAAAUGUACAUUAAGAUGCUGUUUUUGCAUCUUGUAAUAACUGUAUGAUUGUAGUAUUCUGCAAUAUUUUUAUUUUCCAUUUGAUUUUAAAUUAUUUUCAUCUUUCUUUUUUUCUGAAUGUGUUUUCUUUCUGUACAAUUAGUUAACUGUAAAUAAAGUUAACGUAGUGAAACUAUGUAAAAUAAAGGUUUGUAACACCUGUUUAAAAAUGCUAAUAAGAAAAUAAUGAAAAAAUGGAUGAAAAAGCAUAUGUAAACAUGAUCAGGGCUGGUACGACCAAGGUCAGGAGUGUCUUUGGACAGUGGAUGGAUAGCAGAAUUUGGCAAAACUUGUUGACAUUGUUGUACUGUAAAUGGCAGCAAUGACAUUAGCUUCUUUCUUUCUUUUUUUUUUUUUUUUAUUCCUCUGCAUCAGCAAAUAAAAACUUUUGACUUGUAA